CAGCGCAGUGGCGGGCACGCGCAGCCGAGAAGAUGUCUCCGACGCCGCCGCUCUUCAGUUUGCCCGAAGCGCGGACGCGGUUUACGAAGUCUACCAGAGAGGCCUUGAACAACAAAAACAUCAAGCCAUUGUUAAGUACCUUCAGCCAGGUACCUGGCAGUGAAAAUGAAAAAAAAUGUACCCUUGACCAAGCUUUCAGAGGUGUUCUAGAAGAAGAAAUUAUAAAUCAUUCAUCAUGUGAAAACGUUUUAGCUAUUAUUUCUCUUGCUAUUGGGGGAGUAACUGAAGGUAUUUGUACCGCAUCUACACCUUUUGUAUUGUUGGGAGAUGUUUUGGAUUGUCUUCCUUUGGAUCAGUGUGACACAAUAUUCACUUUUGUGGAAAAAAAUGUUGCUACCUGGAAAUCAAAUACAUUCUAUUCUGCUGGGAAAAAUUACUUACUACGUAUGUGCAAUGAUCUCCUAAGAAGAUUGUCUAAAUCCCAGAAUACGGUCUUCUGUGGACGGAUUCAGCUCUUUCUCGCCAGGCUUUUCCCACUGUCUGAGAAAUCAGGUCUUAACUUACAGAGUCAGUUUAACCUGGAAAAUGUCACUGUUUUCAAUACCAAUGAGCAGGAAAGCACCCUGGGUCAGAAGCACACUGAAGAUAGAGAAGAAGGAAUGGAUGUAGAAGAAGGUGAAAUGGGAGAUGAGGAAGCUCCAACAACGUGCUCUAUUCCAAUUGAUUACAACCUGUAUCGAAAAUUCUGGUCACUUCAGGAUUACUUCAGGAACCCCGUGCAAUGCUAUGAGAAGAUUUCAUGGAAAACUUUUCUCAAGUAUUCUGAAGAAGUUUUAGCUGUUUUUAAGAGUUAUAAAUUAGAUGAUACUCAGGCCUCAAGAAAAAAGAUGGAAGAAUUGAAAACAGGAGGAGAGCAUGUAUAUUUUGCAAAAUUUUUAACAAGUGAAAAGCUGAUGGAUUUACAACUGAGUGACAGUAACUUUCGUCGACACAUCCUGUUGCAGUAUCUCAUUUUAUUCCAAUAUCUCAAGGGGCAGGUCAAAUUCAAAAGUUCAAACUAUGUUUUAACUGAUGAACAAUCACUUUGGAUUGAAGAUACUACAAAAUCAGUUUAUCAACUACUAUCUGAAAACCCCCCCGAUGGAGAAAGAUUUUCAAAGAUGGUAGAGCAUAUAUUAAACACUGAAGAAAACUGGAACUCAUGGAAAAAUGAAGGUUGCCCAAGUUUUGUGAAAGAAAGAACAUCAGAUACCAAACCUACGAGAAUAAUUCGGAAGAGAACAGCACCCGAGGACUUCCUAGGGAAAGGACCCAGCAAAAAAAUUCUGAUGGGAAAUGAGGAGUUAACAAGGCUUUGGAAUCUUUGUCCUGAUAAUAUGGAAGCCUGUAAAUCAGAGACAAGGGAAUACAUGCCCACUUUGGAGGAAUUCUUUGAAGAAGCCAUUGAACAGGCAGACCCUGAAAAUAUGGUUGAAAAUGAAUAUAAGGCUGUGAACAAUUCAAAUUAUGGUUGGAGAGCCCUGAGACUAUUAGCACGGAGAAGCCCUCACUUCUUCCAGCCAACCAACCAGCAGUUUAAAAGUUUACCAGAAUAUCUUGAAAACAUGGUAAUAAAGCUAGCCAAGGAAUUACCGCCUCCUUCUGAAGAAAUAAAAACAGGUGAGGAUGAAGAUGAGGAAGAUAAUGAUGCUUUACUGAAGGAAAAUGAAAGUCCUGAUGUUCGGCGAGACAAACCUGUAACAGGAGAACAAAUAGAGGUAUUUGCCAACAAGCUGGGUGAACAAUGGAAGAUUCUGGCUCCCUACUUGGAAAUGAAAGACUCAGAAAUUAGGCAGAUUGAGUGUGACAGUGAAGACAUGAAGAUGAGAGCUAAGCAGCUCCUGGUUGCCUGGCAAGAUCAAGAGGGAGUUCAUGCAACACCUGAGAAUCUGAUUAAUGCACUGAAUAAGUCUGGAUUAAGUGACCUUGCAGAAAGUCUAACUAAUGACAAUGAGACAAAUAGUUAGCUUCUUUUUUUUCUUUUUAUUAAAACUGUGAUAGAUUUUGUUACCAAGCAGCAUUUGAUAAGAGGUCCACUGGUUUUGGUAAACAAUAAACAUUUUUAUAACAA